AUGACCGUCGAGCUUCUCAAGGCCAUCAUCGAAGUCGAAUCCGCCAUCCCUCCCAGUUCCCAGCGGUUGCUCUACAAUAACCGGAUCCUCAGCAACGAUGCACAAACACUCGAGCAAAUUGGUAUUGGGGAGGGGGAUAUGCUAGGAGUUCAAGUUGCGCUACGGACUCCCCCGGCACCUACACGGACAGCUGGGCCCUCAAGUGCCGCUGCGCAACAAAGCCUCCAGCGACGCCAAGCGAUGACACCCGAUCCUGAAACGAUUCGUCUACAUAUCCUUGGUGACCCGCGAGUGCAGGAUGCGGUCCGGCGACAGAAUCCACAGCUAGCAGAGGCUGCUGCAGAUCCGCAGCAAUUCCGGAACGUCCUUUUUGCGCAGCAACAACGAGAGGCCCAGCAGGAGGCAGAGAAAGAAGCGCGUAUUGCCAUGUUGAAUGCAGACCCGUUCAACCCUGAGAACCAAAGGGAGAUUGAGGAGAUUAUUCGCCAGAAUGCUGUGACUGAGAACCUCCAUAAUGCCAUGGAGCAUCAUCCCGAAUCUUUCGGUCGCGUUACGAUGCUUUACAUCCCCGUCGAAGUUAACGGCCACAGACUUAACGCCUUUGUCGACUCGGGUGCCCAAGUCACGAUCAUGUCGCCUGAAUGCGCGACCGCUUGCAACAUUAUGCGAUUAGUUGAUCAGCGUUAUGGAGGAAUUGCAAAAGGUGUUGGCACCGCAACGAUUCUUGGGCGAGUGCACUCGGCGCAGAUUAAAAUCGGGAGCAUGUUCCUACCGUGCUCGUUUACUGUCAUGGAGGGGAAACACAUUGAUCUCCUUUUAGGUCUAGAUAUGCUGAGACGUCAUCAGGCCUGUAUUGACUUGAAGAGGGGUGCACUCGUCAUCCAGGACGAGGCCGUUCCUUUCCUGCCAGAGGCCGAUAUACCCAAGCAUCUGCAAGAGGAAUUUGAAGACGAACCGACCGUCAAGGGUCAGGGAGGUGCCGAAGUCGGGGCACGAACAGGAGCCGUCACCCAUCAGGUUGAGGGCAACAAUAACGGUCAGGGCCCGAGCGCUUCCAGUAGCACACCGGCGGCAGCAUCGUCCUCGUCUGCCGCACCGAGAAUCAACAUCCGUCCGACACCUGGUCCAUCGUCCCGGUGGUCACAGGACUCGAUCGCAAAGAUCACGGAACUGGGCUUUACUCGGGAGGAAGCGAUCCGGGCAUUGGACGCAGCGAACGGGAAUCUGGACGGGGCUAUUGGAUUCUUGAUUUGA